GUCCGGAAAAACAAGAGCAAGCGUGUUCGACGAGUCGUACUCGUUACGGCUGAGCUACAUGACGGAUUUUGAUUAAAUGACACUUUCAUUGAGUCCAGACGAGGUCAUGAAUGGUCGAGGGCGAGCGUCAAGAAAGCGGAAGAAGAAACGUGACGGUGUGGCCCAGUCAGUCCCUCUGAGCCACCAGCCUGAGUACGCGGAGCUGCUCAGGUUUCUCCACCGGCGAGGAUUCGCGUCAACGUUGCUGCAACCGGCCCUCUUCUCUGACACAGGCCGAGGUCUGCAGGCUGUCAGGAGCGUAAAACCCAACCAACUGUUGAUUUCUCUGCCCGAGUCUUGUCUGCUUACAACCUCCACCGUGCUGGACAGCUACCUCGGACACUAUAUCAAGAGCUGGAAGCCGCGUCCGUCACCUCUGUUGGCUCUCUGCGUCUUCCUGGUGUGCGAGCGGCACAGAGGCCCGGACGCCGAAUGGUGGCCGUACAUCCGCGUCCUUCCCGGCUCCUACACGUGUCCCGCCUAUUUCGCCCACGCCGCCGCCGCGCUCCUGCCCGUCGGACUGCGGCGGCGAGCUCUGGAGCAGGGGGACGCCGUGCGGGAAAUGCACUCGUCCAACCGGGACUUUUUUAGGACUUUGCAGACAGUCCUUAGGCAGCCUGUGGAGGACGUGUUGACCUUUGACGCACUAAGGUGGGCGUGGUGCAGCGUCAACACCCGCUCCGUCUUCAUGUGUCAACCGUCCAACGAAUUUUUGCGCGGGCCAAAUGAUUACGCGCUGGCUCCCUUUUUGGAUUUGCUCAACCACCGGCCUGACGUGCAGGUUAAAGGUGGUUUCAACCACGAGACCCAAAGUUACGAGGUCAGGAGCGCGGGCGGAACGCCGCGCUUCCAGCAGGUCUUCAUCAACUACGGUUCCCAUGACAACCAGCGCCUGCUGCUGGAGUACGGCUUCGUCGCCCCCGGCAACCCGCACAGCGUGGUCUACGUGGAUGCGAAAAUGCUGCGCGAGGUUGUGAAAGGAGACACAAGUCUGGAGCAGAAGAUGAAGUUCCUCGCAGACAACAACUUUCUCAACAACCUGAGCGUGUGCGAUGAAGGUCCCAGCUGGAGGCUGAUGACCGUCCUCAGACUGAUGUCACUGCCUCAAACUCUCUUUCACCGGUGGAAGGCGGUGUUGCGCGGCCAGGCGGUGGGCGAGGUGGCCGAGCGCCGGAGCGUCCGGACGGCGGCGGCGUUGUGCCGACGACUCCUGCGAGACACGCUCACGGCUCUCGAGAAGGUUAAUGACCACAUCUCCAGGCUUCUCCAACAGGGGGAGCCCUCGCUCAGGGAGCAGCUGCGGGUGGUCGAGUCACUGCGGCUGGAGGAGAAAUGCAUCCUGGGAAAAUGCCUUCACUCACUGGGAGGCUCUCAAGCUGAGGCCUGCCAAACGGACGUAAACGAUGCGAGCUGACGUGGAUGCACGUCUUGCAGACAGACGGUCGCGGGUU